UAUUUUCAAUGGGAAAACAAAAAGAAAAAAAAAGGAAAUAGCUCUGUUUGAGGAAUAUGUUAAAUUGACCCAUUACCCUUCGAUUCGCAUUUCCAUCGGAGAAAUUUUAGUCCAUACAGAGAUUCUUCUUCGUUCUUCUUCUUGGGUUGCGUAAAGAACUUACGGCCCUUUCAUAUACCCGCCAGCUCCAAGUUGCUAUGUGAAUUGUGAGAAGAAAAAAAAAAGAACAGGGGAAGCGAACAGGGACUGAGAUAUUUAAGGUGCAGCAGAGCGACGAGAAGUUCGCCCUCCUGGAUUUGAAUUGCAUAUUCGAACAGCGGGAGGCAGAGAGCGAGUCGCUCCUAGCUGUACGCCGGACAGUGGAACAACACCCAGUUAUGGCACCAAUCAACGAUGUUGAUGUGGAAAGAAUGGAGGUUGCCGUACCGGAAACUGCUCAUCAGAUUAGCAGUGAUUCAUGGUUUCAAGUAGGUUUUGUCCUUACCACUGGUAUCAACAGUGCUUAUGUACUGGGAUACUCAGGUACCAUAAUGGUUCCUCUUGGUUGGAUAGCUGGAGUUGUUGGUUUAAUUGCAGCCACAGCCAUUUCAUUAUAUGCAAAUACUCUUAUUGCCAAGCUCCAUGAAUUUGGUGGGAAGAGGCAUAUCAGAUACAGAGAUUUAGCAGGCUUUGUAUACGGUAGGAAAGCUUAUUCUCUUACAUGGGGAUUACAAUAUGUCAAUCUUUUUAUGAUUAACGUAGGAUACAUCAUCUUAGCUGGUCAAGCCUUGAAGGCUGUUUAUGUCCUCUUCAGUGAUGAGCACGUUAUGAAGCUUCCCUAUUUUAUAGCCAUUGCUGGCGUUGUUUGUGCCUUGUUUGCAAUAUCAAUACCCCAUUUAUCAGCUCUAAGAAUUUGGCUGGGAUUCUCAACUGUUUUCAGUUUGAUAUACAUCAUUGUUGCAUUUGUACUGUCUCUUAAGGAUGGAGUCAACACAUCUGCAGAUUAUAGUAUUCCAGGAUCGUCAACUAGCAAAAUUUUUACGACGAUAGGAGCAGCUGCUAAUUUGGUUUUUGCCUUCAAUACUGGAAUGCUUCCAGAGAUUCAGGCAACGGUGAGGCAGCCUGUAGUCAAGAACAUGCUAAAGGCUCUCUACUUCCAGUUCACCGUUGGAGUCUUGCCCAUGUAUGCCGUUACUUUUAUCGGAUACUGGGCAUAUGGAUCUUCCACCUCAACUUAUUUACUCAACAGCGUAAAUGGUCCAAUUUGGGUGAAGGCAAUAGCAAAUAUAUCCGCUUUCCUUCAAACAGUCAUCGCUCUGCAUAUAUUUGCCAGCCCAAUGUACGAGUAUUUGGACACAAGGUACGGGAUCACAGGAAGUGCACUGAAUGUAAAAAAUUUGUCAUUCAGAAUAGGUGUGAGAGGAGGGUACCUGGCCAUAACCACACUGGUCUCAGCUAUGUUACCUUUCCUUGGAGACUUCAUGAGCCUUACAGGAGCAGUCAGCACAUUCCCACUUACAUUUAUACUUGCAAACCAUAUGUACCUUGUGGCAAAGAAGACCAAACUCACUUCUCUACACAAGCUUUGGCAUUGGUUUAAUGUUUGUUUCUUUAGCUGUAUGUCUUUAGCAGCAGCGGUUGCAGCUUUAAGGCUCAUAGCAGUAGACUCCAAAAACUACAAUUUAUUUGCUGAUCUAUGAUCAAAUUUACAUUUUAAUUCUUUUCAGAUCUUGAUAUCUCUCAGUUUCUUCAUAGAUAUGCUGCUCAGCUCUUUAUUCCUAGUCUUAACAUCGAGCUUUCACCAGAUAAUAAUACCUAUAGUGUGGCCUAGCUAGAUUGCACUCUGUUCCCUCCGUCAUUGUUUCCAAGUCUUUUUCCCUUUUAAUCUUUUGUUGCAUACUGAGUUUUGUGCUGUACUUUGUAUUGAUGAAAAGUGGAACAAUAUAUAUAGAUAUAUAUAAGAAAAAGAAAAAGGAUUUAGCUUCA